UCAAUGUAAAGACGUCCACUGUCACCUGUCACUGUCACUCAUCCAAGAAAAUGCUCCGUUUCGCAGACACAAAAUUUCAAUUGGCUGCCAACUGUCUGAGAGUCGUUACGUCUGCACUCCACUGAUAUCCCAUUGGAAUAGAAAGGACAACGUAAGAUCAACGCAGUCUGGAAUUCCCAAAGUUCCGAAGUUCGUGAAAGGAGAUCCAUACGAACAGUGGACAGAAGACAUAUUUUUAGUCUUUUAAAACUGAGGGACAGUUUUUGUUAUAGGGUGUUGUCCUUUUCCACGAGGGGGCGAUGUCCGACCACAGCACCGGCAGUAGUGGGUCCUCUACAAAUAGCUGGACCAUCCUUUCCCCAGAGGAGGCUGCUGUUGAAACAGUAGGGCCUGACGACGGCACCGGAAGUCUCUGUGGAGUUCCAGGGCUUCCAGAGGAAGGAACAGGUGUUCCUCUGGACCGUGACGUGAGUGGGCUUGAUCCUCCAGUCGAACCAGUGUUGUCAGAGGAGGGCCAACAGCCGGUAUGCCAGGAAACUUCCCCAGAGGUGUGUGAGGCGGCGACCUUCGUAGGCCCCUCCUUCUCGGGCUUCGAGGAAGGCGAGUUUGACCCAGACAUCCACGCUCCCAUCAUCCACGACACCGUUAUCAGCUCGCCGCCCGACAGUGACCUGUUGGGCUCCACCCCUUUCGCCAUCUCCUCGGAAGCAGCCUUGCUCUUCUCCGAGGAGCCCGCCUUCGCUCCGCGCGCCUCUGACGUGUUUACCGACGUCGGUUACGGCCACGAGAUCCCCGCGGAGGAACUCCUCGUCCCGGAGAGCCACACCCCUGAAGUCCUGUCGUGGGGAAAAAGCCCCGCCCCUGAACCCCUCUCUCAACACAGCCCCUCCCCCGAAGGUCUUCCAGAAGAAAGCCCUGCUGUCCAGGAAGCUGUCGCUGCGGAGGCCGCCACUCUUGAAUCUCGGGUCCCAGAGAGCUCUGUCCCCGAGGUGCCUCCUGGAAGUAGCCCCACUCCUGACAUCUCCCCCCCAGAUGCCCCACCUGCCCCAAUUGCCCCUGCCCCUGAGGUCCUCCUUACCCGGGAAAGCCCUGUCACUGAACCACAAACUGAGAGAAGCCCCACUCCAGAGGCCGUGGCUGCAGAGGUGACCCUUGAUUUCCACUCUGCCCCAGAGGCUCCUCGUCCUGCCCCUGCCCCAGUGGAGACCCCUGCUCCUGAGAGAGUUGAGGACCUGACUCUGUCCAUGCAGGGUCAUCCCCUCUCCAGUUUCACCCCCACACCUGAGGCCAGUCCGGCGGAGGGAGGCCUUGGUCCUGUUGGCCUGGAGCCAGAGACCGCCAGGUCUGCCUCCGCACAGCCACAGGAGGAGGAGGAAGAGGAGGAGGAGGAGGAGGAGGAGUACGGAGAGGAGCCGCCCUCGGAGGAGGAUGCUGACGUGAUGGAGCAGCAGAAUGUGGAGCCAGUGGAAGCAGUGCCCAUUGAGGAGGUGGUCCGGCCUGAGCCAGGGGCUGAGGGAGACGGCCUGCGCCAGAGGCACGUGUCACCGUCCGAGCCCGCGCUGGGCCGAAGCUCGGAGGACGAAGACGAGGAGGAAGAGGAGUUCCAGCUGGCCGAGAGGCGAGAGGAGAAGCACGGCUUCGCCCUCAACAAGCUGAUCGUGGGCGCCCUGGUCCUCCUGUGCCUGGGCUCCCUCUUCUUUUCAGGUGUGUUGGUGGCCGAGGAGAGUGGUGCAGUAGAUGAUGGCUUUGAUGGCUCAGAAAUGACUGAACAGGAACUCUUGGAAAGACUUGCUCAAGAAAACCAACAGAUUGCCAUGCUGGAAUCUCAGCUCCAGUCCCAGAAGGAGGCGCUGGACCAGGCUCUACGCGCCGCUGCUCAACCGGGCGAGGAAGGGGGCGGACCCCUGCAGAAAGAGAACGUCAAGCUGAAGGAGGAGCUCGCGGCUAUGCCUGGCCUGAGAGAAGAGCUGGAGAGCCUCCGAGUCCGAGUGGCAGAACUGUCCCAGCUAACCGUUCGGGAAUCAGAAACCGAGCCUACAGACACAGUCGCGCCGCCAACCGACCAGCCCGAGACAGCCAAUCAAAUCCCUGAAGUUCCAGUGCAGGUGGAGGGGGUGGAGCAGGAGGAAGGAGGUGAGGAUGGGUUGAAGGCAGAGCUCCAGAGGCAGAAGAGCCUGUUGGAGGACAGCCGCAAGCGUCUGGAGGGGAUGAAGAGGUCGGUGGGGAGGAAGAAGGGCGUGCGGGAGGGGCUGGUGGAGAUGCAGAAGAGGCUGAGCGAACAGGCCGAGCGUCUGGACAAGAGGCACGACUGGAAGAGGAAUCAGCAGCAGCGGACGGAGACCGACGCCAAAAAGGACCAGAACAGGAAGUGGGUGGGGAAGAAGGAGCAAGGGAACCAAUGGGGUGGCAAGAAGGAGAGAGACGAGCAACGGGAAGACAAGAGUGAUAAGCACAAGAGCCAAUGGGAGAGCAAGAAGAAUGGCAGAAAAGAAGACGGUGGUAAACGGGAAGGAAAGAAGGAUCAUGGGAAACAGAAGCACCAUGAGGAGCCUGAGAAGUGGAGAGGAGGAGAGAAGGAGCGGAAGAACGGAAAGAUGGAGUCCAAGCAGGACGCCUGGAGGAAGUACCACGAGGACUGGGACGGCCGGAAGCACGAGCGCAGGGAGGAGCGCGAGAAGAGGAAGAGCGAGCGGCCGUGGGAGGCCAAGUCCUUCAAGAAGCACUCCGCCCACCACCACCACCACGACCGCCACCACCAGGAAGACCGCAGCCACGAGAAACCCAGUGACCACAAGCACGGCAGGGACGACUUCUGGAAGCACCAGGAGCAGAAGCUCCGGCGGAACCCUGGGCCGGUCCGCGCGUGCUCGGGGGCGGCCGGCUGCGCCGAGGCCGAGGGGCUGGUCGCCGUGGAGCUCUCGGAGUUCCAGGCCCUGCUGGAGAGCUACCUGAGCAAGCUGCCGGCGUCCACCGGCGAGAGCAAGGAGGCGCUCCUGGAGCUGACCGCCGGCUUCUUCUCCCCCGACGGCGGCGUCUUCGACCACGAGCGCCUGCUCUUCAGCGACUUCGCCGAGGACGUGGCGGACAUCUUGGAGGACCUGGCCGACGUGCUGGACGACUCGCUCGAGGAGGAGAUGGAGGAGUUUGAGAGGGAGGCGUUGUGGAAGUUUUCGGCCACUGCCGCUUAGGCCUGCCCUCCUUACACCCCCCUUCGGACAUGGGAAGAAGAAGGAGGCGAUGGAAAAAAAGGAUAGAAAAAAGAAAUGGAUAAAAAAAAAAAGGAUAGAAAAAAGAAAUGGAUAAAAAAAAAGGAUAGAAAAAAGAAAUGGAAAAAAAAAAAAAAAAACGGUUGCAGUGAUUCUUCAACCUGAAGCCUACAUACAGACGUAGAUGUGUGCAUCUUGUACGCACAGAUUGUUUCUCGGAAGUCUUUAAAUACCUUCUUAAAGUUGUACCUGUUUGUGGGGUUCACAGUCAUUACCUACCUCCCUUUGCGUACUGUCUCUUCAGAGUCCCCACCCCUUCUUGUCUCAUCCACAGUAGUGAGGAGUUUGCGUGUGUGUGAUUCUGUGCCGAGUGGGCACCAGGCCACUCAAGAAGAUGAAUGUUAACCCUCGUCUGUCAAAAAAAGCCGAUUGUUGGCCCGAAGAUUCCUAGCAGGAAACAGAGACCGUUUAUUAGGGUGUACAGCAGGGCUUGGUGGAGCUGCUUAGCCGCCUCUAGAUCUAAAUGUGAAAGGGAAGCAAUGCGCUAGUCUUAAACGGCUAGCCAGUGGUAAAUUCUCUCUGACUGUGUUCCGAUUAGCAUACUUCUGUACUUACAAAUUAGGUAUUGUAAGUGCGGAAGUAUGCAAAUUGGAACACAGCCUCUGUCUUCUCUAUGAGGAUUCAGUGUUUUCUAGUGGGAGAUUGACCAUGCUUUCGCCUGUCUGUCUAUGGAAUAGAGACUAGAGAAAUCAUAUGGACCAGUGAAUAUAAUCCCAGUGACUGUGAAACUCCCCAUAAGGUGAUUUCUGUUUGCAUUGCUGUUUGUUUAUUUGUUUAUUUGCUUCAAGAGCAUAGUGCAGGUUAGCCUUUGGGUAAGUUUCACCCCAGGAUAGGUUAACACUAUGAACGUAAUUUAUUUGUAGAGUUGAGUGAAAGCCAUUUUUUUCCCUUGUCUUAUAAAAUGGUUUCUUGUUGCUACAGAAAAAAAAGUCUAUAAGCUUUGAUAUAGACGUACACCACCAACAAUUUGUAAAACAGGACGGUACUUUUGCUUGUCAUAGCAUUACAUAGCAUUGUGAUGGAUUACUUUGUUUGAGAUGGUAAAGUUCUGUUGUGGGUUGCAGUUUGUCAUAUUUUGUCUAGUUUGCCUCUUACAUUACAUUUUUACUUAGGAAUGUUUGGAUAUGUAGCCAUAUUUCCAUAUUCAAUGUGUUUACUGGACUUUGUUUGGACAAUUUGUGAUGGUGAGAUUUCUGUCUUGAGCAGUAAAUGUGCCUUGUGAGGGAGGGGACAACAUGGAUGUUAUAACAAACAAAAACAAAAUACUGUUUACAUAUUUAUAGUGACACAAAGGCCAUAAUGAAUUUGAGAAGCCUGAAUUGACACAGCAACUGGGUGUGCCCAAGUAUUAGCUCUUAUAGUCUAGCCAUAUUGGGUGGGAAUGUCAACCCAAUAAAGCUUAAAAUGAAAACACACUUAAAUAAAAAUGAACUCUGCUAUUAUUUUGUUGAAUGUUUAUGGAAGGGUUGCACAUGAUGUUGAAUGUGUCAGUAUUUUUGUAAAUAUCGGGGAAAAGUCCUUUUUUUUUGGAUAGCCUGACCACAAUCUGCAUUAAAGUCAAUGAAAUGGAAAUAUGGUUGAUACAGAAAAACAAUGGACAGCUACAAAGCAAGACAUUGCUCAGUUUGUUUAUUUAUUAAUAUGAAUAAAAUUUAACAAUGAGUUA